GUCCUCUCCGCGACAAGAGGCUGUUCCCUUAACACACUCAUAACCUUCCCCUGCGUCUCUCCCCAGGGGCGUGCAUGUCAAAAGCCAUGCAAGAACGACGUCAGAACAUGGUCAUUCUUCGCUACGCGAUUCAUCAUGUCAUCUAUCCUGUUCUUCUGGUGCGAGAUCUCUUCCUCCAGGGCGGCAAUGUCCUGCUCCAACGGACCAAGAGAAUCUUCUGUCUCCCUGCAGCAGUAAGACACCCAAGCAACAUCCGUGUACCCCCAGUCGUGCUCUCAGGCAGGAAUCCUUUCCGACCUGAUUUGCAGCUGCAAGGCGGCUACCGAUGCCCGCUUUUCAUCCCUCCAGUGGCCUAGCUCGCCGCCCAUUGUUGCUAUAUCUUGAUGGACUAAGUCGACCGACUUGCCUGAAGUCAUCAUAUAUGUGCCAAAAGAGUGACCAGCCCCCAACAGCCUUGUUGUCUGUCCAUGAACCGAGAGGAUUUGCAGCUUGGCAGAGAGCCUGGAGGGUCAUACGAAGCCCCUCUACCUGCACAGUCAAAACAGAGCGAUGCGUCAAAACAGGAGUGGGAGAAGCAUCGCCUGUGUGCUUGGAUAUUUCAUAUUCCCCCGUCUUCCUUACAUCGUAUGUCGCCCGGGCUGCAUCCUUCUUUCGCUUCAACCUCCCCAGCUUUAUGCCUACAUGAAGCAGAAAAUGCGGAAAAAGAGGGGGUUCUACUGUGUGUCGAUCUACGGAGACCAGCAUACAGGUAUCGAGCAUAUUGCUUGUACCUUUGACAGUCCCUCCCAUUUCACCUUCCCCCUGGGCAGUGGUUGCCUCAACCUUCACAGCGCCCUGUCAACCCAGAAUCACGGCAAAGAAGGGCGCAAGUGAUGCGUCCGUCCCUCUGUAUGUGGACAGCCAGGUAAAUGUCGUGCAUGGUGUCCCUGACCUCCUGUCUAGUAUCCAAGAUGUCUUGCACAAGUCGCCCUGCAGUGCAGCCGCGUCCAGCGAGCAGCACACAACAAACAACAGGCAGUAUCACUGACGUUAUUGCUCCCUCUGAACCCAUUGCUGUUAGUCAAGUGCGGUCACGCUGCAAUAUACCGUAUUGUGUAGUGUCGUCUUUGUCCACUUUCAGCACCUGUCCCUGCGGCUGUCCUUCGACAAACAUGUCAUCGGCGGUUUCCUGACACUAUUACACAUCAGGCAGGCAGGGAGGCGACGAGGCACAUCAAUCUCACAUUCAUGGUGCCGUCCAUCGGUGCAUCAUACCUCUCCCUCAGGACCUUCGCCGAGGAUGUAUGGUGACGAAGACCCCUGCCCCAUACGAGCCACAUCGACCGACUCGUCCCUUGCAUCUCCUGGUCUCUCAUGCUGAACCGCGAAUUCCGCCUGUCGAUCAACACGAGGGGGUCUCCAAAGGCGCGACACAAGAAGGACGGCAGAGCACAAGGAUGGUAUGCAGAAGAAGGUACGCACAUACAGUUGGGUGCGGUUAUGUCUCAGUGUUUCACACCGUCGGCCUGCAGUGCGCGGUCGGUCCAGCGCAGGGAUAUCUUUGUCCUUCGCCCCCGGAUCCCAGGGGGCCACAUCAAGGGGCUGCCUCGUGACGUCUUGCUCGUCGCCCUCUUUGCUUUGCACCUUACCUGACCACGAGGUGCACGCAACAAAACAGGAAUGUGGCGCCAAGUCUGCGUGGGGGUUUGCGUACAUGUUACCGAAGGCUCUGUGCGUCGUACCUGGCUGUGCGCGCAGCCGCAGCUCAUUAGGUGCCACUUCUGCGGGCCCCACUGGCUCCUGAAGCAAAGAAGCGGACGAGCAACCAGCGCAGCUGUCCGGCUACUCUUUGGGUUACUGACUGACUUGAAUGCCAGCGAGAAGGGGCGUGUUGUCAGGCGACAUGGGUGCCUCAAGUGCUGCAAGGGAUACAGCCACAAGGAAAGAAGCGCAACCAACUUGUGCAACCCAGGACGUAAGAGCGAGCGAGCAGUCGCAUCCUUUGUGUGCUUUCGUACGUUCAUGUUGAUGGUUUGACGGGCCUGCAUUCCCGUCAAUGAUGCCUGCGGUCCUACUCUGGCAUCCAACCCAUGUUCAACCAGCAUUAGACAAGACAGGCAUCUCCGGGUGCAUUAACAAGGUCGGAAGGGAGGCUCCUCCUUCCAGCCUCUUACCUUUGGGGUUUCAGCAGCCUUCUGCAUAUUUGCAGUCCCAUAUCGCGAGAGCACCUGUGGCCAGCAGAGACCAUACGUCACGGUGCUGACUUGCCAAGAGCCACACAUGCACGAUACUGGAUGUGGCCCUCCGUACCCUGCCUCCCUGCCUCCCUUCCGUUAUAUGUUCCUGGUGUAUCUGCACAUGUCGAUGGCCCCCUUUACCAUUUGUACGGCGAGAUCCGAACGCUCCACGGCUGAUGUUGCUGCCUGGGCCAACAAGGACAGGCUACUCAACCAGCCCCUGCCCGUAUCAUACCUUGAGCGCUGCUUACCUGAUGUAGCUGCACGAGGAACCUGUUCGUCUUUUCCGCUUCUAGCCCCGCGACUGACCGAUCAAGCGAACAGCAACGCCAAAGCAGGAAACCAUACCCAUACAAGUCAACCUCUGUUCGUCUGUCUAUGUCCAGCGUGAUCAUGCUGGCUGAUUGCCGACGGUCGUGGCCACCUAUUUUAUUUGGGGAGACUGCCACAGGCUCAUUGAUUGCAAUAGAGACGCACUCGAUUAUCUUGGUAAGGAAAGACACCUUCCCUGUCUUGUCCUUGACCAACAAGCAGAAAGUCACUCGCCCACCCACCCAUGGACUGCCGCUCUUGCCUCCCUGACUGUUCAUCGUACCGUGAUGUGUUCGGAGUUUUUUUCGUGCUGGUCGAAGAGUCCCUUCGCGAACCCCGUGGUCCGGAUGACCUCCGUCACGAUGUCGUGAAGGAAACGGAAGGGAGGCUUCACUAGGUACUUUGGGGUCAGCUUGGGGCGGGAAAUCAAACUUCCUGAAGUCACACACACACAAUCCCUCUGGCGCUUCCCUGCAUGCAUAGAGGUGAAGGAAGUGUGAUGUGCCAACCGAGCGUCUGCUGUGUCAACACCGCAAAGUCAUCCAUGUUUCUGCACUUCUUUGACGAGGGCAACUCGCAGCGCCGGGGUUAGGGAGAGGUGUCUCUUAAACC